AUGCCGCCCACAACAUCCACCAUACCCGUCCUCCCUCUCCUCCGCAGCUUCGCCAAAAGGCCGUCCCGCUAUCGUCCAUCUACCGCCUUCCGCCCUUCCCGUCCGCUAACCACAACACCCACCACCCACCACCCGCACCCUGGCUCGCGCUCCCUCCCCUCCGAGGCCGAUAACAACAACGAUUCCUCAAUAAAAUGGUUCGAGCAAGACCUCCACUCGCCCCAGUCCCCACGCCGCCCCCUCUCCGCGCCCCCCGACACAGCCGAAGCGGCGAAACUCGCCGCCGAGAUCCGCGCCUUGGGCGCCGAGACGGGGGACACGCUCUCCUCGGCUUCGCGGCUGGCGGAUGAAGCGUUGUUGGGGCCACUGAAGGGGGAAGAGCGCGAACGGGUAGCGAGGGCGCUGAAGGAACGGCGGGAGAGGGCUAGAGAGCUGAGGGUUGGGAGGGUCAGGGGCGUGGGGAGACGGGAGGGGGGCGCGGUCAGGAAGUUUGAGGAGGCGGUUAGAGAUGCUGCGUUUGCGUUGCCGGAGGCAGGGACAUUGUCUGGGGCUGUCGGGGCUGGAGAAGAGGCGGAAGCGACGGUGCCGAUGCCUGUGAGGAAGCAGCUUUGGAGAUGCUAUGCCAGGGCCAAGAGGCGAUAUCCCGAGGCUUUUCUUGAGGCGCUGCCGGAGAAACUGUGGUCACUGCUUUGGACGACGCAGACGGCCGCCGGACCGGAGAAUCCGCUCGCGUUGGCGCACGCGAAGGUGCUGGUUGAUGAUAUGCAGUCUGUUGGACGGGAACUGACGACGGCGCAGUGGCUGUUGGCACUGGAAGGAGAGUUUAUUACGGGCGAUGAGGGCGCACAGGAGGGUGCGCUGAGGAAAUGGGAAGAGCAAUACGCGGCGCAACGAUCACGGCGUGACGGGAAUACCGAUGAGGCCGCUGGAAGCGACAGCGGUACGACCGGAGAAUCAGGAGAGAGCAGUGGAAGAGCAGAGUUCUUGCAGCUUGGUCUGCGAAUGCACGCGCUGCUGGGAGACGUAGGACGAGCCGAAGAGAUCAUGGAUGAGCUUUGGAAGAUGCAGCCGGACAGAGACCCGAGGGGCAGGAUGCCUGUGUUACGGGCGUGGUUGAGGGUGGGCGGGGAGGAGGGCCGGAGGAAGGCCUGGGAGCUGUACGGGUUGAUGAGAACAGAGUUAGAGGAGAGAGGAGAGAUGGGCGAAAACGAGUUUGACACGUUCUUCGUGGCAUUUGGGGAGGCGGGGGCCAAGGAGGAGGCAAUGGAGAUACUGGAAGAUAUGGAGGAUGAGUGGAAGGGGAAGUGGGAGAUAGUGUGA